AUGUCUCACAGACGACGAGCCACCUGCGACUCCGAACACCUGACCACCACCCCAUCGAAACGCUCCCGGAUUGACCGUGGCCAUGCUGCACACUUCCCACGCCCCAAGUACAAGCCGCAUGUGGACUCCGGCAUUGGCAAGAAUUUUCACAGCCUGCGGUAUCCGUUAAGCCUCCUCCCUUACAGGUCGUGGGCGGCUUUGAACAACGGCGAGGUCAGCGGUGGUGUCUGUCCUCAAUGUGGCAAGGACCGCGAUGCCACUCCGUACCAGCGGAAGCUGUUUCUGGUCGCCGAAAGGUUGAGUUGGGGGUCUGGAACGACGAGUCGGCAACAGAAAGAGCAAAAUGAGGUGGCGCUGUGGGCCGUGAACGCCGACCUGGACGUGUUCGAGCCAGCUGUGGAAGACGACGAAGUCAUCAUGGGCGGCCGGCAUAGCCGUGAAAACAAAUGGUACCCAUUUCGCGACCAGCUCGAAGCGGACCUGGCGUUGAAGAUUGUGGAAAAGGCCAACAUCCUGAGCGAGGCAUCUUGGAAAGUAUGGAAGGACGUAGCCUUGCUCAGACAGACCGGACGGAAACCCCUGGGCGAGCUGGGCUCAAGUUCAAGUCAAUCACCACGAUGGUCAUCCAGGAAGAACAAGCGCGAUGCUGGAACGGCGUCUGACUCGUCUAUGCCCAAAACACUGUUUUCAGACCCUCCUCUUGAAGAUGUGGCCAUAAUGAAGUGUAGCUAUGAGACCCUUUCAGACUUCUACAGCAUACUCGACAAGAUUGAGAAGACUUCACCAGUGGCAGCAAGGUACCUGGAGGCCUAUGCGGAACGACUUCACGUAGAUGCGUGCAAGAGUUGUUGGUUCAAGAACACCAUUGUUGACCUUCCUGAUGAGGGUCAGGCUGUGGGUUCAGUGGAAAGCAUACGGCUUGCAGGCGGUGCAGGUCUGCCUCCUACAGGCGCAUUCGCGGUAUCGCCAGAUACGCAGCCUUCCGCUAUUGGCUCCUGCGUCUACUCUAACUCACAUCUUCUGCAGGGUCCGAACUUUUCGAAACGCUCUGUAUCCUUACACCACGGGCAUAGCUCUCGUGGGCCAGCUGGUCCAGGUCAUGUUCUAGCACCACGGCCAUGGGCGCAGCUCCCGCCUUCUCGAGCCCCAUUGGUGGCAGCUGCAGCCGCAGCGCUGGUGCCGCGACAACGUCAAGCUACAGAGUGGCUACAACGUCACUUUUCUGUCGAUGCCACUACGCACACCACGAUGAACGUGUUGUGGCAGACAUAUAGAGACACUUUCCCUGGUGUCCCUCAACUCGGUUACGCUGAGUUUGUGGAUCGGGUGCUGGAGACUUUUGCUGCAUCAAAGCUGCUACCUCUAGGAGACGGUACUUUUAUGGUCCAGGGCGUCCGCCAGAAUGUCACUAUUGGUGAAGCUCGAUCCUCUCAUAGUACCAAUCAGAACAGAGGCAGCCACAACAUGUUGAGCUUGGUUCCUGCUACCCACCCGAAAGAAGAAAGUCUUUUUGAGUGGUUGCGAAGAACUUACGAACCGUACCAAUAUGCAGAAGUCUCAGCUACGCAACUGAUCGAAGCAUAUCGCAGCGAUUUCGGCAGAUCUCCCUGGGCGUCUCUUCCCUUGCUCGACGUUUCCAAGGAGAUCCCCGGCUCCAGAUCUUCGUUACGCAAUGGCAAAGUUAUUUAUUUCAACCUCCGACGGAAAUCAAACUGCCACGCUGCGGCACCGGACAGCCAGCAAGCUCAACAUGGUGCGACCACCAGCGCGAGCGCUGGUACUCAGGACGGAGUGGCUGCCUUGGAAGAGCCGAUGAGAAGCGCUCAGUGGCUUCGAUUUCAUUAUAUUGCUGAUCCUGACUCCGAAGUCCCACAGCAGGCUUUGUUUGCUGCAUAUCGAGAGCGAUUUGGAACGUCGCAGAAACUAAAUGGCGUAGAAUUCCUCGAUAGUGUCGAGAGGACCUUUCCCACGACGAGCAGAGGACGCAACGCUGCCCAGGAUUAUGUGAUAAAAGGCCUGAUGCCGAAGCCAUCGGAUGUGUCAAUCAAACAGCGUACGCCGAUUACGUCUCAGCCGAGGUUGCCCCAGGCAGAUUCAGGACUCUCAAGUACCACUGAAGGCAAGCUGACAGUCCUUGUCGAGGCAAGGGACAAGCCUCCCGUAUACGUGAAAGUUUCCCCUGCCACAACUAUCUCCCAUAUCGUCAAUGGCAUGAAGAAAUGGAUGAAUCUACCAAUCGACCAGCCCGCCAACCUUUGCUUUGGGGGUGUACGCCUAUCCCCAGAGAGCCGAGUGGAAGACACCGAUUUGGAAGAUAUGGACAGCGUUGACCUUAUCCUGGGAGGCAGUCUUCGCGCUGAUAAGGUUGAAUCGUGUAAGACAUGGCUGCGUAAGCAGUAUAUUGCAGACGAAAGUGCGCCUCGGAUUCGUUCCGCCAGCAUCUGGCUGUCCUAUCGCAGUGCAUGCCACAGUUGUACUAUACCUGCGGCGGAACGGUCCAUUUGUCCUGAAAAAGCGGACUUCGAAAAACUCAUUCUAGAAGUAUACCCAUCAGCGACUUUGCACCGAUCCGUAUCUGGCGCCAACAUCAUCAAGGGCGUGAAGUCUCGCUGGCCCUCGUUCGAGCCAGCGCGCACGUCCGCUUGGCUGAAGACCAAUCUCAUGGCCGAUAGGCUUGCCACCACUCCCAAGAGUAAGAUCUGGCAAGCAUAUCGAGACGACUUCGCCCCUCCCAAUUCUGAAGUACCAAUUCUGAGCCAUCGCGAGCUAUUCAUGAAGAUAUGUAAGGAUUUUCCAGAUCUCUCGUCGGCGUAUGGCGGGUCAGGCCAGGAUUUCCGCGUCGUGAAUGGCAUAAGGAUUAAGACCCAAGACGAAAGAGAGUCUGCUUAGGAAGCAAGCGCCUUGAUCGUGUCGACGUCUUUCAAAGACUUUGUGAGGCAAUUGCAGAAUCACGCCUACGGAACCCCGGCUGACAUGCUGCGCCUCCUAUUUUCAAACCUGGGCUUGUCUUCCAAGUCCUCCCGCCUUAAUCGGACGCAAGUGAGGGGAGCAAAGAGGAAGACGAUAGUGGCGAAGAUGAAGAUGAUGACAUGCCUCUCAAGAGAAAAGCGAGCUAUUCCUCUCGGGCUGAGUGCGACAGCGACUAGAUACCCUUGGAACUAUCAUUGAAUGAACCCAUCUCCUCCGCAAUCAAUACCGUCAUUUAUUCAUUCCCAAAACCACUCUCAUCUCCGUCACAGCUUAGCUUUCAACGGCUUAUCAAACCCAGGCGCAAACGUAGUUCCCUGCCCUUGUCCCAACGCCUCCACAAUGCUAUCCACCUGCUGCAACAACCACAAACUCCCCUCGUUACUCGCCAACCAUUUCCCGCCCUGCACCUCCUCCUCCGACUCGGCCGUCCCAUCCUCAAACGCUUUCCGCAGCCCAAAAACAUGACUGACCACUUGUGGCCCCACUCCACUUUGUGCUCGAAGACACGCCACCGCAAUCACAGACGUCAAGACCCGUCCCACAUUCGGUAUCGCAGACGACGAGCCAGUAGAACUCGUCGUCGUCGUACUCCAAGCAGGAUCCGAAAACAACCCUCCAUACUCGGCCUCAAUAAUAUGCACAGGCAAAUCCGGAUGCGACACAGCAAGUUUCGCUUUCAAUUUCUCGCUAAAUGGAUGAUAGAUACUUUCCCACAAGGCUUCCCCUCGCGCCAACAUGGCUUCGACAUUUUUCGCUGUGAGAUUUCUGCGAGGAGGCCGGGCUUGGAGGGAGGAUUGGAUUUCUGGGGGUAGGCCGGAGUGGAAUGCUCCGAGGACGUUGAUGGUGCGGGGUACGCCGUUGAAGCCGAUGCAUUUGAGACCGACUUCACGCAUGAGUUCGGCGGUGUAGAGGGCUUGGUUUGGGAAGGGGUUUUUUUGAUGGGUUGGGGUUGUUGUGGUUGCUAGGCGGUAGAGGGCGAGCAUGGAUUCGGGAGAGUUCAUGGUCAUUGUGGCGGCGGUAGAUGCACAGAGCCACGCUGAUAGACCGACUUUGUUCGAUCCAGCCUCGGAAGCUAUUCGUUCGUAGAUGGAUGUCACAUUCUUGGGCGCUGGGAUUGUGUUGGGUUUGGCGUGAGCGGCGUUUAUGAAUUGCUUCAGCGAGUCUGAUAGUUUCGACAUGGUGGAUAUUGUCACAAUGGAGAGCAGACUAGAUUCUGUUCGAC